AGUUCCUAUACCUUCAUAUCAAGUACAUCUUUGAUGUGCAGUGCUAAUUGUGCAAUAUUAGAUGGCACUUUGACUGGUUUUACCGUAGCCUACCAGGUUGAGAGGGUACCUUAAUCCAUCGAGGGCUAGGAGUUGGGUCUCAAUGUACAAAGAUACUGUACCCUACAAAGAGAGGGAAUUCUAGAACGAGUUGGAACCCAAUAUUACCUAAAUGUAUUUCUAGACUAAAUGUUGCAGCAUAUCGCCCAUGAGAAUGGAUUCGUAUCCUUCUGAUUCCGUUAGAAUGAGAUGUUCAAGCUAGAGGUUGACAGCCCAAGGCAGUAACUGAUACCCGCAAGCGCUGAUGUUAAAGAUGUACAAACAUUAAAUAGAAAUAGUGACACGAAUAUAUGCACAGUUAAUAACAUACAUGGAGUACCAGUAUCGAGUCGAAUAUGUGGUUAGCUGACAUGUAAAAUACCUAUCCAGGCCUGGUAAGAUCUGGCAUGCGUCAGCAAUACCUAGGCAGGGGAACGCGCCCAGUACUGUAUGUCGUAUCCCACCUCUUACCGAUGAACUGCGCCCGGUCUUCGUCUUCUCCCGGAUAAAAACAAAAAUGGAUACUUCACAUCGACAAUAAAAUACACGCUCUUUUUGAAUGUUAUACUGUGAAUAAAAGUGCGUGUGGUUAUAAUGCAUGCGGACGGUGAGUUGCCAAUUCCGAAUUUGAAAAUGUAACCUAUGGGUUGUAUAACAAUUAGGCCUAUGUCUAUUUUCGCGUAUUUUUUUUCUCUAUUAGCGUUCACAUCAAUAUGACAAUGCCUUUAUCAUUUUCAAGUAAGCCGCAAUAUUAGGUUGCAUACAGAAUAUAAAUAUCGUAUAUUAUUGCUUCUGAUUAUCUGUGAAGGAAUACUUCGCUGUUUUUUUUUUUCGUUUUCUAAUGCCUGUAGCUGUGGUGGUGGCUGGAUGGAGAGCAACACCUUGAGUAUUGUAUUGGUUUUCAUAACCAUAAUCAAAUGACCAUGAUGACUCGACUAUCAUAUUGAAAUCGUUUUGGAUCGGAGCAUUCACACGCACAGACAGAUAAAUGCAGAUGCGAAAUCUGGGGUCUUUCUCAUGACCAAGGGGACCAUGUCAAUGGAGGAGACAGCAGAUACCUUCGCCAUCCUGUUCAGUGAAAUGAUGUGAACACCUGUGAGGCUGUUCUCCAGUCUUUACUAACCCAAUGGAGAAUCUCCAUUCAAACAGCUUUUUAGUCCAGGACUAGGCUUAAUCUGUGUCCGGCAAACCAGCCCUAUGUGUAUGAUGAAUGUGACCAGUCUGCCGUCAGUCUGCCACCACCACACCUACAACAGCAGCCUGGGCCCGAGGUCCUCCUCCUCUUCCUCCCCUGGCUGGGCCCUGAUCCACACGGCUACCCUCACUUCCUGCUCCCUCCUCCUCAUCUUCAUCUUCUUUCUGGGCUCUUACGGCAACCUGGUGGUGUUCCUCUCCUUCUUCCACCCGGCCUUCCGCAAGUUCCGCACCAACUUCGACUUCAUGAUCCUGAACUUAUCAUUCUGUGAUAUGAUUAUAUGUUGCGUGACUGCGCCAAUGUUCGCAUUGGUGCUUUUCCUGGACUCAGGAGGAGGGGGUGGCGUGUCAAAGACUUUUUGCUUCACCUUCCACCUGACCAGCUCUGCCUUCAUCAUCAUGUCUCUGGAGACGGUAGCUGUAAUCGCCCUCCAUCGGCUCCGUAUGGUCCUGGGCCAGCAGCCCAACCGCAUGGCCUCGCUCCCCUGUACUCUGGCUCUCACCGCCCUCCUCUGGACCUCUAGCUUUACUAUGGCUGCCCUGCUCACCCUGCGAGCCUACCCCAUGAAGGAGGGACCAUGCCUGCCUCACUUCGGCCUAACGGGUGGGCCAGCAAGGGUGGUUCUAUAUGUCUACCUGGCAGACUUUGCCUUCUGUGUGGCGGUGGUGUCUGUCUGCUACCUGAUGAUCGCUCAGACGCUGAGGAAGAACGCACAGGUGAGGAAGUGCCGCGUCAUCACUGUAGACGCCACGCGCCCGCCGCUACCACAAACCCCUCCCCCGCUCAUGGCGGCCGGCUUAGAGAGCAUGCAGUGUGCCGUCCAGGUUCCUUCACUCUACCGCAACCAGACCUAUAACAAGCUCCAACACAUUCAGACUCACUCCUACACUAACAGACCCACCAGCCAGGGUCUAGUACCUGGGGCUGCCCAGGGAGCUACCUGCUGCCAGCUUGUCUCUACAGUCAACCUGGCCACAGUUAAAGACUCCAAGGCUGUAGUAACCUGUGUGGUGAUUGUAUUCUCCGUCCUUCUCUGUUGCCUCCCCAUGGGCGUCUCCUUAGCCCAGGACGUCCUCUCUCCAGAGAGCAGCUUCGCUCACUACCAGUUCGAACUGUGCGGUUUCGCGCUCAUCUUCCUCAAGUCGUGCAUCAACCCAUUCGUGUACUCUCGCAACAGUGCCGGGCUUCGCCGGCGUGUCCUCUGCUGCCUUCAAUGGGUGGCGCUGGUGUUCCUCUGCUGCAAGCACAAGACGCGGCUCCAUGCCAUGGGUAAAGGCAGUCUCGAGGUCAACCGUAACAAGUCCUCGCACCACGAGACCAACUCUGCCUAUGUCCUCUCACCCAAGCCACAAAGGAGACUGGUGGAUCAAGCCUGUGGACCCAGUCACUCCCGGGACUGUGCCCCCAGUCCGAGAGCUACGGGCGGGCAUGGUGGGCGUAAGCCCCGGCCCCCUAGCACCUCCACCCCCAUCAACACCCGUAUCGAGCCCUACUACAGUAUCUACAACAGCAGCCCCUCUGCAGGACCCGGCUCCCCUACCAACAGUCUGCAGCCUGCUGCCAACUCCUCCUCCUCCCAGGCCUUUGGGUUCAAUAAGUCCUACGUUGCCAUGCACUAUCACAUCCACCAGGAGGUGCUGCAGGACGUUGAGAGCACCUCAGCCCAUAAGAUACCCAUACCUUCAGUCUGACUAACCACCAUGAUUGAUUGGAUCCCUUCAGUCUAAACUGAUGAAUAACCUUGGCUUAGACCUGAAGAUUUGUGUUGGCUCGCCAAUCUAAUGCCAAUAGGCUUUAGUUCAGUGGGCUAACAUAGUCUUGUGGUUCUGCUGGACUUUGAGAGCACCUCAGUGCAUCAGAUCUCCAUACCUUCAGUCUAACUUACCACAAUGAUUUAUACAUGAAUUGAUUUGUUUAUUGAUCAGAUACUGUACUUUGAGUGUAACCUAGCCACCAUGCUGAAACUGGAGAGGGAUUGGGAAUAUAGAUCAGGGAUGCUAACAGUUACUAUAAUAUUAUACGACUAUUACCACAAGACACCAGAGAGUAAAGGGAUACCAAUUGUCUGAAUAUCAUGUGGUAUUGAACUGUUAGAGGUAAAGAAUAACCCCCAUUGACUUUAGAAUAUAAAAUGGAAGAUCUCUUAGUGUAGAGGGAGAGAAACAGUACUGAUCCCAUUUUGUUAUUGAUGUUACUGAAAUAAGUGGAAUCCAUUUUUACACUGACAUGACAUUUUUCAUAUUGUACAAUUUAAUGGUCUUUCUCGUCAUAAUAAUACUGUAUUUGUGAGUCUCAUACAUGUUCUAUGAUAUCAGUAAAUGUUUUGCAAGUGCAAUGUGUCCAGUGAGCUCCUGGCAAA